UUAGAUUUUAUAGGAAGAAAUGGGCAUGGCGGUACCUUUGUAUUGUCUACAAUGAGUAUGAGAGUAAUGACACAUUUGUUUACUUUUAAUUAAUUUCUUUUUACAAUAGCUAAGGUGCAAUGAAGUUAAAAUAUAAUGAAGGAUAAUUUAAUUCCUUUGGCAGUGGGAAUGUAAUUGUUUUACCUUUAUCACCACAGAAGUCAUCCUGGAGAGACAAACAGAAAGAAAUGGGGAGGUGGAAGAAAUCUUUUCAGAUGUGCUGGGAAAGUAUCUGAGAGAGAGGUGGAAUCACAUUUUCCAGGAGACGAGGAUUGCGGUACCUAAUUCACCACUUUAUCAGUACUUACAGGACCUGGGACACACUGAUUUUGAAAUAUGCUCACCAUUGUUACAGAAGCCAGAAGAAUGUACAUCCCAAGAGGGACAAAAAGACAUGGGUACAAGUGGCGUUCAGAAGAAAGACGUCCUGUCAAACCUAGCUGAGAGAUUUAAAAGCUGGCUUUCCUUUUUACCACACAAGAAAAAAGAUGAAAUGCUUCACCAGUUGGAUGUUGGAUUUCGCUCAGAAGCCAUCUGCACCAUCCUGCAACAGGAAGUUCUGCUGCAGGAGGAUGUUGAACUGAUUGAGCUGCUUGACCCCAGUAUCCUGUCUGCAGGGCAGCUCAAGCAACAUGGACAUGAACAUCUUCCAAAACUGCGUACCCUAGCAGCUCCUAAUAUUUGGGAUAUUUCACUGAUGCUUGCCUUCGUCAGCAUCCUGGUUAUGUUUCCCUCUGUAUGGAAUGGAUACCUUGGAAUGUUAUGGGGAACAGGUCUCUUGUUUUACCUAAUCUUCCGAGUUCUGAACACACUAAGGACAGCAAAGUUGCAGAUGUCCCUGAAAAGAUGCCAUCUCCAACUAGAAGAUAUGGUAGCUAAUUGUCGCUCCUUCACUAACCUGGUGAGGAAAGCCCUACGGCUCAUUCAAGAAACUGAGGUCAUUUCCAGAGGAUUUACUCUUUUGCUUGACAGGGUCAGUGCUGCUUGCCCAUUUAAUAAAGCUGGACAGCAUCCUUGCCAGCAUCUCAUUGGUCUUCGGAAAGCUGUCUACCGAUCAGCAAGGGCCAACUUCAGAGCCUCAAGACUUGCAACCUUGUAUAUGCUGAAACAUUAUCCUUUGAAUGCUGAGAGUGACAAUGUGACGAACUACAUCUGUGUGGUGCCUUUUAAAGAACUAGGCCUAGGAUUAAGUGAAGAACAAGUGUCUGAAGAAGAAGCACACAAUUUCACAGAUGGCUUCAGUCUACCUGCACUAAAGGUUUUAUUUCAGCUUUGGGUUGGGCAAAGUUCUGAAUUCUUCAGACGGCUAGUUCUUCUGCUCUCACCCUCCAAUGCAUCUCUCAAGACUGCAAUUACGCCAGACCAUUUGCCUCUUUCUGUCUUUUCUGAUGUGACCCAAGGCCUUCCUCAUGUUCAUGCUGCCUGCUUAAUAGAGCUUAAACGAAGCUAUGAAUUUUAUCGGUAUUUUGAAACACAUCAUCAAUCCAGUUUGGAACGGUCAGUCAAAACUCACCAGAAAUCAGGAGAGGUAAACCAUCUCCACACGGCAGUGCGCAGUUUGCAACUCCAUUUGAAGGCCUUGCUUAAUGAAGUAAUAAUUCUGGAGGAUGAACUUGAAAAGCUGGUUAGCUCCAAAGAAAACCAAGAACUAAGUACAGAGGCAUAUCAGGUUGUUGAAAAAAAACUAAAAAUAAUUCAGCCUCACAUGCAGGCUAGCAACAGCUGCUGGGAGGAGGCUGUAUCUCAGGUGGAAAAAAUGGUUCGAAGAAGUCUGGAUAAAAAGGAUAAACCUGAACCAUCAGGUGAGAAUAAGCAAUGCACUAUACCUUUACUACAGCCAACUGUUCACAUAGAGGACAAAGAUCCUAUUCCUGAAGAGCAGGAACUUGAAGCAUAUGUUGAUGAUAAAGAUGUUGACAGCGAGUGUAAGAGAGAUGAUUUUUAUUACUUUUCCCUGGAAGACAGGGAGAGACAAAAACAUGAAAGAGAGGAAUCCAAGAGAGUGCUGCAGGAACUGAAGUCUGUUUUAGGAUUUAAAGCUUCAGAGGCAGAGAGACAAAAGUGGAAGCAACUCUUAUUUAGUGACCAUGCUGCAGUGAAACCUUUGCUUUCUCCAGAGCCAGAAGGAUCCAUAAAUAAUUUGGGAUUGCCUAAUAAUUCAGACAUAGAAAAACAGGACUACAGCAGAAACCAUCCCUUGGAAGAAACUGUCUCUAACCCAAAAGUAGAAGCCACAGACGAAGGGAAAGGUAGGACGGAGUACUUAUCCCAUGGAGCAAGCAAAACUGACAUUGAUGCUAAUGGUGACUCUCCAGAGGUUGAAAAAAGAACAUGUUACCAGUGCAAUGGUGAACGUGAAGAAUGUGAGCCUGCUGAUGGGGAUGGUGUGACUGUUGUGGAGUCACCUGAGAAAAAUGUGUUACAUUCUUCCCUUAAACAAAGGGUGGCUGAGUUCCAUAGAUCAACAGAUUUCAGUUUCACAUCAGGUCUAGCAGCACAGGUUGCUGCCAGGUCACUCACGUUUAUGAGCAUGCAAGAGCAAACAUUUGGUGAUGAGGAGGAAGAGGAAAUUCAGGAGAAUGAAGACUUUUUUGAAAAACACAAAGGAGAGGUAAAUGACUCUGAAAAUGAAAGGUUGUAAACCUCACCUAAACUUUGCCUUGCUUAUUUGAACACCACAGAAGUUUGCGGGCUAACAAAAGUGACAAAUGCAAAGAUUCAGAAUUCAAAUAUGGGAUAGCAAUGAUAACAUAUCCCUUCUAAAAAGCAUGGUAUAAAAUGGGCUUCACUAGUCUUCUGAUGUAUAUGUACAGCCAACUAUAAGCCCCAGACUAAAGGUGUAUAGUACAGUUCUUAUAGGUACUGUGGAUGACUGUGUCAUUUCUUGUAAUAUUUUACCUUAUUUAUUUGUAUUAUAAGAAAAUUUCCUAACAGGAAAAUAAAAUUGGUUAACUGUCAUUUCCUAAAUGCUUAUCAUACCUACACCAGUGAUUACAGUAUAAAACUUUUAAUGGCUCCUUAACAAGAAUAGAAACAAAUACAAUGUGAUUCUGCUUGUAACCUUCAUUUCCACAGUUAUUUUUGUUUGUAUAAUCACAUACUGUACCUUGUGUUCUUGCCCAUCUGUUGAUUCAUCAGGCUCUCAGCUUAGGGUAUAGAUUUCUCAGUUUAAAAAUGAAAGCCAUAGUUUGUGUAUCUUGGGAUGUUAAUUAAACUAAUACAGAAUUCUUAACAGUGGAUUACAAAAACAGCUGGGACUUUUUGGGAAGGGAAAAUGGUAUAUGAAUUUCUGGAGAAGAAAGAAUAAUGUAAAUCAUUAAUGUGUUUACAGAGAUUUCUCCGUAGUCCAGCAACUCCCAGGUUGUUUCUUAUGAUACCGCUGCAGACCACCUUUUUAACAGAUAGGAAAAAUUAAACAAACAAGUUCUAAAAAGUCUUCCCUCUGGUAUUUUUUUCUACUCAUUUUCUCAUGUUGAUGAAAACAACUCAAAUUUUGUAAUGAUUGGUACAGUAUUCAGUGACAUUUAAUUUCUGUUCAUGCCUUGCUUUUGCAUUGGAUUGUAUUCUUGAGAAAAUUUUCCUCAAUGAUAAUUCAAAGUUUUCUUGCUCUAUUGUCUCCUUUUCGGUCUGCUCAGCAAGUGUGUUUCCAUGUGUUCCACUUCAGCAUGUCCUCUUUUAUCAUUAAAAAAAAACUGCUUUA